CAGCCGAGCAGGAGGAACUCAAGAGCUGGCUGAGACCAACUUUUGCUGCCGCCUGAAGCACCAGAGACCAGGAGACAGCCUGAUACAAGAAAAUGCCCCGUGACUGCUACCUCCAGCAGCUGUUGGUGACCUGGGUGUUGCUGGUCUUGCCAACAGCUUUUGCCAUGGAAUGCACCAAGACCAAGGUGGGGACGUGCAAUGACUGCAUCCAGUCUGGCCCUGGCUGUGCCUGGUGCAAGAAGCUGAACUUCACCAAAGCUGGAGAACCAGACUCUAUCCGCUGUGACACCAUAGAGCAGUUGGAGCAGAAGGGAUGCUCGCGUGACGACAUUGAGUUUCCAAUCAAUGAUAUUAGAGUGACAAAAGCCAGUGCUUUAAGCGACAAGAUACAGCUGACUCCCCAACAAGUGCACCUGAAAUUAAGGACAGGCCAGCCUGCUACAUUCGAGGUGAAGUUUCGUCGUGCCACGGGUUAUCCCAUUGAUCUCUAUUAUCUCAUGGACCUCUCCUACUCCAUGCUUGAUGAUCUGGAGAAGGUGAAGAAGCUGGGAGGGGAACUGCUCAGAGCACUGGAAGCCACCACUCCCUCUCGCCGCAUAGGAUUCGGCUCCUUUGUGGAUAAGACAGUGCUGCCCUUUGUGAACACGCACCCGGAGAAGCUACAGAACCCCUGCCCCAAAAAAUCUGACAACUGCCAGCCCCCCUUUGCUUUCAAGCACAUCCUUUCACUGACCAAUGAUGCCGAAAAAUUUGAGAGUGAAGUGGGGAAGCAGUUCAUCUCAGGGAACCUGGAUGCCCCAGAGGGGGGGCUGGACGCAAUGAUGCAAGCAGCAGUGUGUGGGGACUUGAUCGGCUGGCGCAACGUAACCCGCUUGCUGGUGUAUGCGACUGAUGAUGGCUUCCACUUCGCUGGCGAUGGCAAACUUGGGGGCAUCCUCACCCCCAACGACGGCAAGUGCCAUUUGGAAAAUAACAUGUAUGCAAAGAGCAAUGAGUUUGAUUAUCCAUCUGUUGGCCAGCUGAUCCAAAAGCUCACUGAAAAUAACAUUCAGCCCAUUUUUGCUGUCACUAGUAAAGUGGUGGAUGUUUAUAAAAAGCUCAGUGAAAUGAUCCCGAAGUCAGCAGUGGGGGAGCUGAAUGAAGACUCCAGCAACAUCAUCGAACUCAUCCAGGUGGCCUACAAUAACCUGUCUUCGCAAAUCAUCCUGGCUCACACCACUCAAUCAGAUGUCCUAGAUAUCAAAUAUGACUCCAUCUGCAAAAAAGGCAAGAACAUCUUGGAUGAAGCAAGAGGACGGUGUGACGACGUUAAGAUAAAUGAUGUGGUCACCUUCCGAGUUAAGGUCACAGCAAAGGAGUGCAUCAAAAGCCAGUCCUUCACCAUCCGACCGCUGGGCUUCACAGACACGCUCACCGUUUACGUUGACAGCAACUGUAACUGCAACUGCCGUGAACAGCCUAACCAAAACGACUGCAAUGGGCAAGGCAGUAUUGUUUGUGGGAUUUGCAGCUGCAAUUCAGGCUACACUGGGAAGGAGUGUGAGUGUGAAACCAAGGGCAAGAGCAACAAAGAGCUGGAAGGCAGCUGCCGAAAGGACAACACGUCUGUCAUCUGCUCGGGGCUGGGGGACUGUGUGUGCGGGCAGUGCAUCUGCCACACCAGCGACGUGCCUGGCAAGCACAUCUAUGGCACCUUCUGUGAAUGUGACAACAUGAACUGCGAGUUUCACAACAAUUUGCCGUGUGGUGGCAAAGAGCGCGGCUACUGCGACUGCGGCAAGUGCAGGUGCACGCAGGAGUACCAGGGCAGCGCGUGCCAGUGCCAGAAGUCAACAGACGGCUGCUUGAACAUUCGUGGGAACGAGUGCAGCAACCGAGGGAAAUGCCACUGCAACCAGUGCCAAUGCAGGGGGCUCUACCAGCCCCCCUUUUGCCAAGACUGUCCUGGCUGCCCAUCGCCCUGCGGCAGAUACAUUUCCUGUGUGGAGUGCAAAGCCUUUGCCAGUGGGCCCUUUGAAAAGAACUGCUCUACAGCCUGCAAAAACAUCAAUACUUCUGAAAAGUCGCUCUCAGGAGCAAGGCAAUGCAGAGAGAAGGACUCCCAGAACUGCUGGAUCACCUUCCACAUGUUCCAGGAGGAUGGGGAGGAGAUAUACACUGUGAAUGUCGAUCCUACGAAAGAGUGCCCGGAGCCCCCCAACGUUGCCCUGAUCGUGGGCGGCAGCAUCGCUGGCGUGGCCCUCAUCGGGCUGCUGCUCCUGCUCAUCUGGAAACUCCUGACAGAGCUGUUUGACCGCCGGGAGUACCGCAGGUUCGAGAAGGAAAAGUCCAAGGCCAAGUGGAACGAUGCUGAUAACCCUCUGUUCAAAAGUGCCACCACCACAGUCGUGAACCCCAGAUUCAACGGAGAAUGAAAAGGGGCAACACCAGACAAAGCUAGGAGCCACCAUUAAAGAAAGAAAUGCCAAGCUAAGGAAAUUUCACAUUAAGGCUUCCAUCUCUUAUUCUUUACCUGUUGGUUUGUUCCCUUUUUCCAAAAGAUCACAAGUAAAAGUUGGGCUUUGGCUAAGGGAUCACUCUGUGCCUGUCUCCUCACACAGUUCAUACUGGUCCUAGUAGUGGAGCUGGGAGAAAGGAACAAGUUUUGCUGUGGCUGGGACUACAGAGUAGGAUUUUAGUAGUGGGCACAGGCAAUGGCUCCUGUGUCACUCACCAUCUGUCCCAGCUCAUGAAGCUAAUUUUGCUUUGUGACAGGAUCAAGCCCCCAAAUCAGCUUGAUGUGCAGUUCAUUUGGAGCUGGAAUUUCAGAAAUGCCAUUUCCCUUCUGUUCUAACAGGACCUGCUCCACGGCUACUUUGUGCCCAGUCUUUACCUACUGUGUUGUUCUCUGCCAUGUUAUGUGUGCAGCUUAUUUCUAAAGCCCUCCCUUCAGAAAUGGAUGUGGAGGGUCUCCUAAGCUCUGGCAAAAGUACUACAGGUUACACUGAACUGAUGGGCAAGAAGGGCUGGUGAGUACCUGUGUCUGGAAACAAAGAGAAGCCAAGAAACAUGCACUGAAUCUUAUUUUCCAAAUCAUCAGCUGCUCCCUAGUGUGCCUCCACUCUCAGAGCUACCUCUGGGUCCACCAAGUUUAUAUUUGGGUUCCUACAAGCUUUGCUUACCUCCACGAAGUCUUGAGCCCUCUUCAUGACAGGAUGGUAAAGAAGAAACUAGUUGAACUGUGGAACAACAGCAGCCAGAGAAUCAAAGAACUUGAAUACACUGCUUGGCCCUAGCUUCUUCCUCCCCCAGGAAGAUAUCUCCCCUCUUUACAAGCCCAGACAAACUAACCAGGUGAAGGGCCUGUUUCAAAGGGCCAGACAAACUAAACAACAUGCAGUACCAGAGAGAGCAUCUCCAGCUCAAAAUGGUGCACAAGUUA